UAGAUUUUUUGUUCAUAUCCCAUACUUCGAUUCACCUAUAAACACACAACAUGUUCCAAUACCUAACCACAUCAAAUUUCAAAACAACAUCAUUACAUUAGUACAAAAAAAACAACCUCAAAAACCAACAACUUCAAGUACUUUAUUUUUGUUUGUGAAGAAGAAUCAUAAUAACAAAAUGUCUCAAUAUCAACAAGGUGGAUAUGGUGAUCAAACACGUAGGGUUGAUGAAUAUGGAAACCCAGUGAGUCAACAACUUGAUCAAUUUGGUAAUCCAAUUAGUAGUGGUGGUGGGUUAACUGGUCAUGGUCAUGGUCAUGGUCAGCAACAACAGCAUCAUGGUGGAGUUGAUCAAACCACUGGGUUUGGGACUCACACAGGUAGUGGAACUGGAACUGGAUAUGACACCCACACAGCCACAGGUGGUGUAGGAGGUUAUGGAACAACCACUGAUUAUGGAAGCACCAACACUGGAAGUGGUUAUGGAAGUACCAAUAUUGAUGGAACAGGAACAGGAGCUGGAACAGGGUAUGGAACAACUGGCUAUGGCACCACCGGUGUCGGCGGUGGAACAGGAUUAGGAUAUGGAACAACUGGAAGCACUGAGUAUGGUCAUCAUGGAACUCAACAAGACAAAGGAAUUGUGGACAAGAUUAAGGAAAAGAUUCCUGGUACUGGAACAGGAACAGGGUAUGGAACAGGACAUGGAACAACUGGUUAUGGAAGUGGUGGUGGAGCUGGAUAUGGUGGAACUGGAAGCACUGAGUAUGGUCAUCAUGGAACUCAACAAGACAAAGGAAUUGUGGACAAGAUUAAGGAAAAGAUUCCUGGUACUGGAACAGGAACAGGGUAUGGAACAGGACAUGGAACAACUGGUUAUGGAAGUGGUGGUGGAGCUGGAUAUGGUGGAACUGGAAGCACUGAGUAUGGUCAUCAUGGAACUCAACAAGACAAAGGAAUUGUGGACAAGAUUAAGGAAAAGAUUCCUGGUACUGGAACAGGAACAGGGUAUGGAACAGGACAUGGAACAACUGGUUAUGGAAGUGGUGGUGGAGCUGGAUAUGGUGGAACUGGAAGCACUGAGUAUGGUCAUCAACAACAUGGAGAGAAAGGGAUGGUUGAUAAGAUUAAGGAGAAGAUUCCUGGUACUGGAACAGGAACAACAACAGGACAUGGAACAGGAACAGGUUAUGGGACAACAGGGCAUGGAACAGGGACAACUGGUUAUGGAACAACAACUGGUCAUGAUCAUCAUGGAGAUCAGCAACAACAUGGAGAGAAGAAAGGGAUUAUGGAUAAGAUUAAGGAGAAGCUUCCUGGUACUGGAUCAUGUACUGGACACUAGACCAUCUUCAUGAUUAAUAUCUAUGUAUGGAUGGAUACAUGCAUAUUAUAUGAUUAUGAUUAAUAAUAAAUGUGUAUUGGUGUAUUUUAAACUUUUGGUUUGUGUAAUUUGCUUCAUGUGUGAUGUACCUUAUCAUGUUAUGUAAAAGGUAUAUAUGAGGUGGAUAUGUAGAUUAAUAAAAUAUGCAUGUUGUAUUAGUAUAGUAUUCUACCAUAGGGGCAUAUGUGAAGGUACUUUCUGUGUUUUGAGAGGGUGCUUCACUUUGUUAUUUGAAGUAAUAAAAGUUAAAAUUUUAAAUAA